CAUGGUGAAGAAGCAAUUUAGAUUUGCUAAUAAAUUUAAUUCUGAGAGGUGAGGUUUAAAAAUGACUCUUGAUUAUUAAAAAAUAUUAACAACGCAAUGCAAAGGACUCUUAACAAGACCCUCCUCAGUUUAUUUGAAAUAUUUCUCCAAGGUUAUUCUUCAAAUCAAGUCAGGUUGAAUAAAUAUCCUGGUGAAUUUUAGAAGAAAAAUGCAGAAAUACUUUUCCUCAAAAAGCUUCCAGAUUCGAUGGAGAAUAGUAAUAGAGUGAUACAAAGUUAGAAAUUAAUAGAAAUACUUUGGAAACAACUUAUGGAGAAUUAAAAAUUGUACACCAGUAUUUUCGAAUGAAGCAACAGAAAAGACUUCUUUUAUGGUGAUGGAAGAGAUAAAUGUUAGCAGAGGUAAAUGAUCAGCAUUGGACACCCAGCUUUUAUUCAAUCUUCAUUAGUGUAGAGUUCAUGGUUUGAAUACAAUUAUCUUAAUGAUGCUAAUAACUCUCAUCUGAAGUUACCGAGUAUGUUUUCAUAUGAAUGGAGCUGUCUCUAUUCAUAAUUUUUGCAAAAUGGAAAGAAUUUGCAAUUUUUUCUAAAAUAGUAAAUUAGUUUUUUAAUAAAUCCUAAUUUCUCAUAAUU